GCGAGUGAGAGAGAGAGAGAGAGAGAGAAAGAGAGAGAGAGAGCGGAGGGAAAAGGCAAGAAAAACAAAGAGUCAGGAGAAGAAGGAAGAAGGAGAUACAAAAAAAAAAGAGAGAAAAAAGUCGACCAAAGCAGAUUGAGAGGAGGCUCCGGACAAGCGGCUGCUGCGCAUCAAAGGAGGGACCUUACUGAGGACCUUAUUGGACACCAGCGGCAACAAAACCCGACUCCGGAGGCGGAAUAUAACGGUGACACUCCAGAGCCCCUCUCUGCCCUCCUGAGGAUUCAGUGAGACAGGCGGAUCCGCGCGCCCGACCAUGGCCUUCCCAUCAGCCCCCUCUGCAUUAUGGAGUGUCAGCUUAUUGACAGUACUGCUCGCUGCUGUGGUUCACAGCAACAUUGUCUAUGACGAAGACCCCUUGCAACCAGUGACCUCAGAUGAGACGGUGUCCGUGGGGGGCACAGUGACACUGACCUGCCGGGUGGCCGAGAGCGACAACUCUUCACUGCAAUGGUCCAACACCGCACAGCAGACCCUGUACUUUGGAGAGAAGAGAGCGCUCAGAGACGCCCGCAUCCAGCUGCACCGCUCGACUCCCACCGAGCUUUCCAUCACCAUCGCCGAAGUGCAGCUGUCCGACGAGGGCGAGUACACCUGCUCCAUCUUCACCAUGCCAGUCCGCACCGCCCGAGCCACAGUCACCGUGCUAGGUGUGCCCGGCAAACCUCAGAUCUCAGGCUUUGAGAACCCAGUGACGGAGGGGGGCGAGGUCACCCUGACCUGCACCAGUACUGGCAGCAAACCCCCCGCCAAGCUGCACUGGUACCGAGGGGACCAGGAGUUGGAAGGACGUCCAAACGUGGUGGAGUCCAAUCCAGACGAUCCCACGUACAACGUGAGCAGCGAGCUCACCCUGGAGGUGAGCCGCGACGACGACAACGCCCUCAUCACCUGCGCCGUCGACCAUCCCUCCCUCGAGCCGGGGGACAAGAGGAGCGAGCAGUCUCUGCGGGUGUUGUACUCCCCAAAGGUGAGCAUCCGGCCUGAGAGCGAUCUGCCUAGAGAGGGGGAGAAGUUCCAUCUUCAGUGUUUGGGCAACAGCAACCCUGAGCCCACCUCUUACACGUGGGAGAAGGAAGGAGGGCUCCCCCCGCUGGCCAAGGUCGAUGGUGCUUUCCUGCGCUUCGAGAGGCUCAACAAGUCAGAUAAUGGCGUCUACCUCUGCCGCGCAGAGAACGACAUCGGACAGGACCAGGGGGAGUAUCCACUCCAGGUGCAAGACAACACCGCAGACCCCACAGCCAUGUCGACCUCCUCGGGGGUGGACCAUGCCGUGAUUGGAGGGGUGGUGGCUGUUAUCGUCUUCAUCCUGCUCUGCCUCCUCAUCGUCCUCGGCAGAUACCUCAUCAGACACAAAGGAACGUAUCUGACCCACGAGGCCAAGGGCUCGGACGACGCCCCCGACGCCGACACGGCCAUCAUCAACGCAGAGGGAGGCCACUCCGGAGCAGAGGACAAGAAGGAAUACUUCAUCUAGACAUAGGACGGAGCGGUGGAGGAAAGGAGCGUGGUGAAGAGGAAGAGGAGGAGGAGAAGGAGGAAGAGAGGAGAGGGGAGGAGCGAAGGGGGAAAAACAAACCCCCUCCAUUUAUUUUCACAACGCUUCAGUUCUUCACUCAGUCGGAGGGAGGAUGGGAGGGGAAAGGGAGGGAACGAACUGUGGGCAGGGUAAAGCGAUGAGUUGCAACUGGUACUACCCUCUUUGCAUUGAUACAGGGAAGUGAGAUUUUGCACUGACAUACGGACGAACUGAAGUCACACACUCAGACACACACACACACACACACACACUCACACACAGGAGUCCGUCUCGAGGGGAGAGCUCUUCUCUUCAAACGGACUUCGAACGCUCGUAGACGCUCAGAUUAACAAACACGAGUCCUCCUACUAACCAAGUACAACACAUUAACACAUUUUAUACACACGAAGCAUCAUGUUUCUAACUGUCAGCCUGCCUCGAAAAAGCAAAAUUGUAAGUCACAUUCCGGCAUUCCCCCGAGCUGAUACUUCACCCCUCACCCCACGCCUACCCGUCGCCCCCUCCACAUUUAAAAAAAAAAAAAAAAAA